GUCUGUCAGUGAAGCCAUGCUGCUGGUCUGUGUGUCGCUCUAUUUCUGACUAGUGCUGCAUACCCCCUCAGUCAGUCUUGCCCAGUCUGUGCGACUGUGAGUGUGUGACAGGGGGACUCUCAUUUUGGCUCGCUGGAUUUGCCAUUAAACAUCUGGAGCCUUUAGCUGCUUCUCUACAGUUUUGGAAGAUUGUUCUUCUCCCUCUGUGCACACGCACAUUGCCACCAUCACAUCUUGCUGACAGACGCGUGACCCUCCACCUCCACAGCCACUUCACUCCCCUUAACCCUCUCCCUACUGUGAAACCAUGGCACUGUCCUCACGCUUAAAACUCUGGGAGAAGAAGAUAAAGGAGGAAAACAAGCCAAUUGUCACAACGGUACCACCUCCGCCGCUGUCAGUUCUGCCAGGUGGUUUCCUCAAGCAGCUCGUCAGAGAUUCAGAGAAAGAGACCAAAUAUAAAGAGCCAGAGGUCAAAGAAGAAAGGCCACCAAACAAACUGAGUGACAACCUGGUGCAACAGUUUCUCCUCCCAGAUCAGACUCCUCCAAUCCUCGAGGCAGAAAUGUCCCUGCGGACAGAGCAAUUCAGCAACAACAGCGACAACAGCAAACCUCAAGGACGCAACUCAGCACAGCCAGAUGGCAGGACCUCAUCUCAGUGCCACAUAGUGACUCCUGACUCUGGGGGUAAACCUGAAACCAGACCAGACGUAACACCAGAGCCCCCAAAGCAGAAACUGCAACAGUGGGACAGAAGGACUGAAAAGAAGAGCAAAAAUAUGGAGGAGCAUACAAAGAAGGAGAGGAUAGAGGAAUUUGGGCAAGGGAAGGAGAAAGAGAAGGGGAUGGAGGAGAGGCAGGAGCCAGAGGGAAUGCAAACAGAGACAACUGUGACAGAGAAUGCCAGGAAGGAGGUUAGGGAUGUGUGGUAUGAAGCUGGAACUGUGUGGUACGUCGACAAGGAUGAUUUCAUCCGUGCUACUCAGCUGAAGCCAGACGAAGGCACACCAGAGCUGUCCGAGGGCCGGGUGAGGGUCCGGCUUGAGACGGACGGCUCAGUGCAUGAUGUCUCCGAGUAUGAAGUUGAGAAGUGUAAUCCACCAGAGCUCGACCUGUGUGAGGAUCUGAGUGACCUGCAGAGCGUGAAUGAAUGUGGAGCUCUGCACACACUGACCAGUCGAGCUAAAGCAAAUCUUCCACUGACACAUGCAGGACCAAACCUGGUCAACUUCUGGCCCCCGUUACAGACCCACAGCAAGACCCCAAAGUCACGGCGAGGGGAAUCUGUGUGGGAUGCUCCUCCUGCCUUGGCUGCCCUGGUCAAACGGGUCUACAUGUCUAUGGUUGGCACCAGAAGGGAUCACAGUGUGUGUGCAUUGGGACGCAGCGGGACGGGCAAGACCACGGCAUGUCAGACCUUCACACAUGCUCUUAUCAAACAAGCUGGCACAGCAGGAAAGAACAUGAGUGUGGAGCGUGUUCAGGCUAUGUUCACUAUCCUGAGGUCUUUUGGCUGUGUGAGCUCUAAGCACAGUGAUGCGUCGUCUCGAUUUGCUAUGGUUUUCUCAUUGGAUUUUAACCAUGCUGGACAAGCCGCUGCUGGACACCUACAGACCUUGAUGUUGGACAAAUGGAAAGUGUGCCAGAAAAUUCAGGGAGAAAGUAACUUCCUGGUCUUCUCUCAGAUGCUGGCAGGACUCAGCACAGAGAUGAGGAUCGAACUGCAGCUACACCAGCUCUCUGAAUUCAACUCCUUUGGUAUUGUUCAUCCCGCCAAGGUGGAGGAGAAACAGCGUGCAUCCAUUGCUUUCACAAAGCUGCUGAGUGCCAUGGAAACACUGGGCUUCUCACCCGGUGAGCAGAAGGCGAUAUGGCAUGUUCUGGCUGGUAUUUACCAUCUGGGAGCUGCUGGGGCCUGUAAAGUGGGCAGGAGGCAGUUUAUGAACUUUGACAGUGCUCAGAUGGCAAGCAGUGUGCUUGGAUGUGAAGGUGAUGAUCUGCACACAGCAGUAUUCAAGCAUCACCUUCGACAGCUUCUGCAGAGGGCCACCGGGGGCAGCAGAGAGAGGAGCGGUGCCGCAGAAUCGGAGGAAGGUCCGAGGCUAACAGCUGCUCAGUGCCUCAAUGGAAUGGCUGCUGGACUUUAUGAAGAGCUCUUCACUGCCAUCGUGUCACUCAUCAACAGGGCGCUGAGCAGUCAGCAGCUGAUGCUAGCCUCUGUGAUGGUGGUGGACACGCCAGGCCUGAGGAACCCACGACACUCAGCAGAGGAGAGAGGAGCCAGCUGGUCCGAGUUCUGCCACAAUUACCUACAAGAGAGGCUGCUGGAGCAUUACCACUCACAUACGUUCACACAUACACUCGAGAGAUACGCUCAGGAGAAGAUCCACGUGGAGUUUGAAUGUCCAGAGACCAGCCCGGCCGAGGUGGUCUCUGCCAUUGACCAGCCACCUCCACAGGUCCGCGCAGCAGAUGAAGACCCCAGAGGUCUUUUAUGGGUUCUGGAUGAGGAGAUGGUGACGCCAGCCUCUUGUGAAAACAGGGCCGUGGAAAGAGUGUGCCAGUAUUACAGCAACAUGGUGCGACAGUGUGAGCAGCUGCUGCAGUGUGAGGUGAAGCACCUGAUGGGGUCUGAUCCUGUCCGAUACGAUCUGGCUGGAUGGUUCAGCCUCAUCCAGAACAACCCAUCUGCUCUGAACACCAUCUGUCUGCUCCAAAACUCCACUGUAGGGGUUGUGAAAGCCAUGUUCACCCCAAGAAUUUCUCUGCCCCCCCUGUGUCGGGCUCUGGGGGGACUAGAGGGUGGCAGCCAGCGCUCUUUGCAGAGGAAUGGCACCAUCAGGAAGACAUUCAGUGGGGGAAUGGCAGCGAUACGCAGACACUCCCAGUGUAUUGCAGUAAAACUCCAGGCAGAUGCUCUUAUCAAUCUGAUCCGUCGAGCCAGGCCAGUGUUUCUGCAGUGUGUCAGUGCAAAGUCUGACAAUGGAAGUUUUGACAUCCCAGCCCUCAGGGUGCAACUGCACUCCACACAGAUCCUGUCAGCUCUGCAGCUAUACCGCAUAGGUUAUUCAGAGCACAUGACUCUGGGGGAUUUCAGGUGUCAUUUCCAGGCUCUUGCUCCUUCAGUCAUGAAACGUUACGCUUCAGUGUUUGUCAGCCACGAUGAGAGAAAGGCAGUGGAAGAGCUGCUGGUUGAAUUGGAUGUUGAUAAAAAGAGCAUCCUCGUGGGUGCCAGCCGGGUGUUUAUGAAGCGAGGUGUGUUGUGCUAUCUGGAGCAGCAGAGGGAGAAGCAGGUCACUGGUUGGCUGGUCCACCUACAGGCUGCCUGUUUGGGACAUCUUGCCCGUCAGAAAUAUCGCAAACUCAAGGUGCAGCAGAUGGCAGUGAGUUGUCUGCAGAGGAACCUGCGGGCUCUCAGGGUCAUGUCCAAGUGGAGUUGGUGGAAACUUUUCUGCAGAGUGCGUCCUCUCCUUGAUGUCAACAUGGAUAAUGAGAGGCUCAGGGCCAAAGAGGAUGAAAUAUCAGUUCUGAGACGACGCCUAGAAAAAUCAGAGAAGGAGAGAAAUGAGCUGAGGCAGACUGCAGACAGCCUGGAAACCAAGGUUACAGCUGUGACAUCUGAACUGAGUGAUGAGCGUUUCCGCGGUGAUGCCGUGGGCCAGGCUCUGGAUGUGGAGAGGGCAGAGAGACUUCGACUCAGCAGGGAGAACAAAGACCUGCAGGCUCGCCUAGAUCAGUGUAAAGUGACCAUGGAAACCCUGGAGAAGCAGCUGGAGGAGGAGAAGCAGAAAGCUCAGGCUAAGGAGAGUCAGAGAGGAGCAGUGACAGAAACUGAACUGGUCAUGCAGCUGGAGUGCUGCCAGACAGAGAUGGAAUUUGUUUGCAGACGACUGAAACAGACAGAGGAAAAGCUUGAGACAGAAAGAGAAACUCGACAAGAGCUCGAUGCCAAGGUGGCGACAUUGCAGGCCCAGCUGGAGCAGUCCAGGAGGAGUGUGACAGAGGUGAAACGUCACUGUCGUCAUUUGACCUCUGACCUUCAGGAUGCCCGGGUCCUUACCGACAGUCUGCAGAGCCGCAUGCAUGAACUGGACCGCAAGCAGAGAAGGUUUGAUAACAAGCUGACUCAGGCUCUGGAGGAAGCUGAGUGUGAGCGAGAGCAGAAGGACAAAGCCUUUCAGGAAAACACAGCGCUGGGAGCUGAAAUAUACAAAUUGCGCUGCAGCCAACAGGAAAGCCAGGCAGAGGUUAGCCGUCUGCAGAAGCAGAAGGAGGACCUGUGUGCUCAGAUCCGUGACCUCAGCCUACCCGUUGACCUUGCCUCAGAGUCACUGCCUGCCCUCAAGAAGCAGCUUCGCCUCCUGGAGAGCCAGGUCAAUGAGAAAGCAGAGGAAAUCGCCAAGCUCACUGCCAAAAUACAGCAGCAGCAACAGAUCCACAUGCGGUUUGAGAUAGAGGUGGAAAGGAUGAAGCAGAUCCAUCAAAAGGAGUUGGAAGAUAAAGACGAGGAGUUAGAGGAUGUCCACAAGUCCUCUCAGAGACGACUGAGGCAGUUGGAAAUGCAACUGGAGCAGGAGUAUGAGGAGAAACAGAUGGUGAUUCAUGAGAAGCACGACUUGGAAGGACUCAUAGCAACUCUGUGUGACCAGGUGGGACACAGAGACUUUGAUGUAGAGAAGAAGCUAAGGAGAGAUCUGAAGAGAACUCACGCCCUCCUGGCUGAUGCCCAGCUUCUUCUUGCUACAAUGGAAAGCUCAGGGCAGAACCUACCCAACAGCAGUAAAGACCAGAUAGAGCAUCUGCACUUCCAGCUUGAGGAGAGCGAAGCAAGGCGACUUGAGGCUGAGAGCAUUCAGGCGACUCUCUCCCAGGAGCUGGACAACAAUCAGGCUGAGCUAGAAAACAUCUGCAAGCAGAAGAGUGUGGUGGAUGAAAACUUAGCUCUGCUGCAACAGGAGAAGGUGGACCUGUUGAAGAGGCUCGAAGAGGAUCAGGAAGACCUAAAUGAACUUAUGAAGAAACACAAAGCACUCAUUGCGCAGUCCUCCAGUGAUAUUGCUCAAAUCAGAGAACUGCAAGCUGAACUGGAGGAGGUGAAGAAACAGAAACAGUCUCUCCAAGAAGAGCUCCAGCAGUGUGUAUCGAGGGUGCAGUUCUUGGAAUCGUCCACUGUGGGGCGCAGCAUUGUCAGUAAACAAGAGGCACGUGUACGUGACCUGGAAAAUAAAUUAGAGUUUCAGAGAGGGCAAGUGAAGAGGUUUGAGGUGCUGGUGCUGCGGUUGAGGGACAGUGUGGUUCGUCUGGGAGAGGAGCUGGAGCAGAGCGCACAGGCCGAGGCUCGGGAGAGAGAGAAUGCCCGCUACUACCAGCAGCGUGUGCAGGACAUGAGACUGGAGAUGGAGGAGCUGAGCCAGGCAGAGCAGGAGAGCAGCCGCAGACGCAUGGAGCUGGAAAUGAAGGUUGAAGAGCUCAGCACUGUCAGACAGGCAUUACAGGCGGACCUGGAGACGUCCAUCCGGCGCAUCGUUGAUCUUCAGGCUGCCCUAGAGGAAGUAGAAUCGAGUGAUGACAGCGACACUGAAAGUGUUCACACUGCUGUGGAGUCCUUUACUCGAAAGAAAGACCUGUAAGAAACUCUUGGCUGUGUGUGUGGCUGUGUAUAUGUGUAUGACCUAAAAAUAUCUGAGCUUGAAGUGUUCUUAUUAUGCAUAUUGUUGUGAUAAUAAAUAACAGGAUAAAAAAGACAUAGCCUUCAACUAGCUUUGGCCUUGAUUUCCAUCAUAUCCAUGUAUAUCACCAAAGUCAAUGCACAAUUAAGACAGCUACACCUUAACCCAAAUGAUGAAAGUCAUUACAUAGAUGUGUAAAUUGGAUAUUAAUUUACUAACGACCAUCAGGUCACCAAGGUUAGGGUUGAGUUUUGUUUUAGCUGUUUGUGUGUGUGUGUCUCCAUCCAUUUUCUGCUGCUUAUCUGGAUGGUGGGGGGAAGCAGUCUAAGCAGAGAAGCCCAGACUUCCCUCACCCCAGCUACCUUCUCCUGCUCAUCUACGGGGACACCAAGAAGUUCCCAAGCCAGCUAUGAGAUAUAAUCUCUCUCGUGCAAAUUCUGGUUUCCCCCAGGGGCCCCCUACCGGACAUGCUCAGAAUACCUCACCUAUGAGGCGUCUAUCUUAGUCAGAUGCCCAAAAUACCUCAUCUUGGCUCCUUUUGAUAUGGAGGAGCAGCGGCUCUACUCCGAGUCCCUCUCGUAUGACCAAGCUCCUCACCCUCUCUCUAAGGGACAGUCCAGCCAUGGCUGCAGAUCUGAUGUUACAAUUAUAAAAUCAAUCAUCAACCUGCAACCUCAGAUGCCUUAUGUGCUUAUAAACACCUUUUUUCUCUAACAUGAUGUUUGUCAUUGACAAACUGUGGUUGGUACCGAAGUACAAUAACAAAACUGUGUUCUGGGAAGGCCAAUCCAUGACUGGAAAAUGGACUUCCACCUCUCCCAGUCGGUUAAGCUGCAGUCAGUUCCAAUGGAAGGCUUGGACCGAGAGGCAGCUCAGCAUCUGCUGGCUCUAAAAUGAUUUGAACUCUGGCGCUGUACAUCACAUGUACCUGGCCGAUUCGGCCAACGGACCAACUGUUCAUUUCUUUGCAUCCCGGGAUCUCGGGCAGGCCCCUGUCCAAGUCCCGGUUGUCCCAAAAAAAAUAAAAAAUUAUAAUUUGUUAUUUGUUGUUUGUUAGAAAAAUAAGGCAGAAAGAUAAAAGGUAAUUUGACCAGCUUCACCUUUAAACUCUGAGUAACCUUAGCCAAAAUUAUUUUGUACAUUAGGCUAAAACAAUGUGAUCAUGGAACAUUUUAGUGCAAAAAAUAACAAACCCAUUGGACUCACAAUACCUCCAUGCUUAUUUAUUGUCCAUCUCUUUCAGCCAGUUACUUGGACAAACUAGCCUGUUCACAUUUUCAGAGCUCAAGGCAGCUCUCUUUUUUUGUUACUAUGUGACCUGCAAGUGAUAACAGUAUGGCACAUGGGACAGAAGUGGCAGGACUAAUCAAAUACUUGCGGGCCAGGACAGACAGUUGUGGGUGGGUGCCUGCUCGACUGGACCACAACUGCAGUUGGCUCGCUGAUGGUGGGUUCUGCUCUGUACAAACUCAGGGUCCCUGUUACACAAGGCUUCCUCAUCUGAAUCAGAAUCUGAAGACAAUGAAGACAGGAGGAGGCUCUUUGUCUUUACUGGUGCCUUUGUGGUGGCAUCUUUACAGUGUUCUUGCAACAGGGCCUCAAGGCUGGUCCAAACCUCUUCUCGCUCUCCCCU